UUUAUUAAAAAAGAGAAAAAAUAAAUCUACUACAUAUUCUUAGGUCUCUCUCAUCCUCUCUCUGUCCUCUCUCCUUUUCUCUUCUCUUUCGUUUCUCUCUCCUCUCUCUUCUUUGUCUCUCUUUCUCUCUCCGGAAGGGCAAAAACCUAAAGAGCCGUUUGCACCCCAACUUUCAUGGAUGAUGAUGCGUUGAACAUGCACAAUUGGGGUUAUUAUGAACCGUCAUAUAAGGAGCCAUUUGGUCUCCAGUGGAUGCCGAGCAUGGUAGACCGUGAUACAAAGCAUUUCUUACCCAGGCGUGAUCCAAUUAACAUCAUGAUCGGUGCCAAUGGAGCCUACCUUCCACAUGAUUGUGUGGUUUCUGACGCCCCUGAGCAUAUGAAUUACAUGAGGGAUAGUUGGAUAAAUCGGGAGAAGUUUUUAAAUAUAUUACCUCCAAAUCCCAAUUAUGUUGUUCCCCAGCAAACUUCAGGAGCUCAUUCAAUGCAAAUGUUACAGCCACCCAAUUCAUCAAGGGAUGAGAGGUUGAGUAGGAUUGAGGAACCCAGUGUAAGUAAUGAAGGUAACCAGUUGAAGAGAAGACAGGUAGGUGGUACAUCCCCCAAAACUCCCAAAGCUAAGAAACCUAGGAAGCCAAAGGAUGGUAAUAAUAAUACAGUUCAGCGUGCGAAGCCAGCUAAGAAAAGUGUGGAUGUUGUCAUAAAUGGGAUUGAUAUGGACAUUUCAGGUAUCCCAAUUCCGACCUGCUCAUGUACUGGAACUCCUCAACAAUGUUACCGAUGGGGCUGCGGAGGAUGGCAGUCAGCAUGUUGCACCACAAAUGUCUCGGUGUACCCUCUACCAAUGAGUACCAAAAGACGCGGUGCAAGGAUAGCAGGGAGGAAAAUGAGUCAGGGUGCAUUUAAGAAGGUACUGGAGAAACUUGCAGCUGAAGGUUAUAACUUUGCUAACCCAAUUGAUUUAAGGACUCACUGGGCAAGACAUGGAACCAACAAGUUUGUCACCAUCAGGUAGAUUUACGUUGUUGGUUCAAGCAAUGAGACUCCCAUUACCUGUGGCCUGCUUCUCUUGUGUAGAUAUCUAUGGCCUCUUGCGGAGAUCUAUUUUGUUCUUUGUAGUUCAUGACUUCUCAGCCAUGAUACAUGUUUUUGAAAUUCGGACAUCUAGUCUUCUCGGAACUCUUGUUAACUUUUCAUUUCUAUUUGUGUUAUAAAGGUAACCAGUAAAUUUUGGCCACCCGAAUGUAGGAUGUGGAUGAGCUUA